GGCGAUAAACUGGAACCUGAGCAAUUCCGUAAACUUUUCAUUGGCGGCUUAGAUUUCCGUACUACUGAUGACUCUCUGAAAAAACAUUUUGAACAAUGGGGCGAAAUAGUCGAUGUAGUAGUGAUGAAAGAUCCUACCACCAAACGAUCCAGAGGAUUCGGAUUUAUAACCUAUUCGGAAGCUCAUAUGGUAGAUGAUGCACAGGCCGCCCGGCCUCAUAGAGUUGAUGGUAGAGUAGUGGAACCUAAAAGGGCUGUACCCCGACAAGAAAUUGGACGACCUGAGUCUGGUGCAACAGUUAAAAAAUUAUUUGUUGGAGGAAUGAAGGAAGAUGUCGAAGAAGAAGAUUUAAAAGCACACUUUGAAAAAUAUGGAAAUAUUUUAUCUUGUACUAUCGUUACUGACAAAGAAACAGGAAGGAAGAGAGGAUUCGCUUUUAUUGAGUUUGAAGACUAUGAUUCAGUUGAUAAAAUUGUUUUGCAACGUAAUCAUAACAUCAAAGGCAAGCAUGUUGAUGUCAAGAAGGCUUUGAGUAAGGCAGAAAUGGAUCGUUCUGGUGGGGGUGGUGGGCCUGUAGGACCAAGAGGAGGCGGACGUGGAGGUGGUCAAAUGGGAGGUAGAGGGGGUAAUUUCAACCAGGGUGGCAAUUGGAACAGUCGGGGCGGACAAGGCGAUUGGAAUGCACAGGGCAAUAUGGGAUAUGGCGGUGGCGGCCCAAGCGGAAAUAGCGGCGGCGGCCCGUGGAGCCAACAGGGACCUUGGGAUAAUCAAAGCGGUGGAGGCUGGGGACAGCAAGGAGGAGGUUACAGUGCUCCUGGGCCAUGGAAUCAAAGCGGAGGCGGAAGUGCAGGGCAAGAUUCUUUUGGUAACAAUUAUCAACAGAGUUAUGGAGGGGGUGGCCCUAUGAGAAACAAUUAUCAACAACAGAGACCUGCUCCAUAUAAUACUGGAGGUUAUGGAGGUGGAUUUUCGAAUGGUGGCAAUCCAGGUGGCCCCAGGAGGUUUUAAAACGUAAGUGCACUGAUACACUGCUAAUGAAAACAUUAUUUUAAGGCAGUGCCAAGUGUACAGGUACUUAUUUGUACUGCUGCUCUGAGAGCAUGAAAAUACACAAUUAUAAAAUUUUGAGUAAAUAAUAAAAGUUUUAGAACUGAAUGAUUAUUAAAAAAAAGUUCGUAAUUGUGGAAUUGAUAAAUACUGCACCUUAACAAAUGGAAAUGAACAACCAUAUUUCUAAAAUUAAUUUGAUUCUGCUCAUAACAUUAUAAUUUUCGAUUGGUAGUCAAAUAAUUAAGGCAAGUAUGCCUAUAUAUAAGGAAUUUGGUGUUUGUGUAACAGUACAUUUAGGAUAUUUCUUUAGAGUUAAUGAACUUUUAUUUCUCAACUUCAUGGUAGUUUUAGGUUAUUAUGUAAAAUGUAAUGAGAAUAUUAAAGGUUUGAUUAUUCUA